AUGGCAGACAAGACCUACAACGUUGGAAUCAUUGGAUAUGGCCUGUCCGCCAAGGUCUUCCACAUUCCCUUCAUCAGCCUGACGCCUCAGUUCAAGCUGCACAGCAUCGUCCAGCGGAAGCCAACGGCCUCGUCAUCCGCACCAAAUGACUACCCGGAGCUGAAGCACCACACCUCACUGGAGCCCAUGCUUCAGGAUCCCGAGGUCAACGUCGUCAAUAUCCUCACGCCGCCCAACACCCACUUCAGCUUCGCCAAGCAGGCCCUCCAGGCCGGCAAGCAUGUGUUGGUUGAGAAGCCCUUUGUGCCUACCGUCGCCGAGGCCGAGGAGCUCAUCCAGAUCGCCAAGGAGAACAAGCGCCUCAUCUGCGUCUACCAGAACCGCCGUUGGGAUAGCGACUUCCUCACAGUUAAGAAGAUGAUCGCUGACGGCGUCUUCGGCCGCGUCUACGAAUUCGACACCCACUUCGACCGCUACCGUCCCGAGCGCCCCACCUCGUGGAAGGGAGAGCUGGGCAUGGCCGAGGGCGGUGGCGCGCUCUAUGACCUCGGCUCACACCUCAUUGACCAGGCCUACCACCUCUUCGGCAUGCCGGAGUCGGUCUACGGCAAGCUAGUCAGCCAGCGCAGUGGCAAGUUCGACCCGGAGGACCCAGACAGCGUGAACGCGCAGCUGGCGUACAAGGACGGCCUCAUCGUCAGCGUGCGCAUCGGUGUCAUGAGCGUCGAGUCGCACCAGCCACGGUUCUGGGUGCGCGGCACCAAGGCGUCGUUCCACAAGACGGCGCUCGACCCGCAGGAGGACCAUCUCAAGGCCGGCAAGAAGCCCAACGAGCCCGGUUUCGGCGUCGAGGACCCCAUCAACGGCGGCAGGCUGCUGCUCGUCAAGGAGGGCGGCAAAGUUGAGGAGCGCACGAAGCUGACGGCCGAACCCAAGACGUACCUCAAGCUCUUCGAGGGGUUCGCCAAGGCUGUAGAGACUGGAAGGGAUGAGGACGUUCCCGUGCCGGCGAGCGAGGCGCGCGAUGUUCUGCGUAUCAUCGAAGCCGUCAAGGAAAGCGCGAAGACUGGAAGCGAAGUACGCUUCUCUUGA